AAAUGAAAUCAAUAUUAUUGCUAAUAUUUAUCCAAUUAUUUUAUAAUAAUAAUAUUAUUAAUUGCGAUCCAAUUGAUUUAACCUUGGUACCCAAAUCAAUUGGCCAGGAUGUAGUGGAUGCUAGUAUUGCCAAAGUGAACCAGAUCAAAUUGUUUGCCGAUGAUUCAGGUUUUCUAUUUAGGCUGGCAUUAGUUGAAUCAAAUUUCGGUGAAAAUCCCCGAACAUUUAACGCCACAACUAAUAACGGGCCAAAUAUCUGGUCAGUCGAUGGACAGAAAUUUUCGGAAACCCAAGAUAUUGUCAAACAUGAGAAUCUGCUAUUGAUUUACUAUGAAUUGGCCGAAAAAUAUGAUAUCGAUUGGCAACGAUUGGAUUUAGACGAUAUGCAGAUACCAUUGUACGGAGCAUUGGCUACGAAAAUGUUUCUACAUUUAACCAAUCAGUCGAUACCGAAAACAAUUGAUGACCAGGCUCAGUUUUGGAAACAACAUUAUACACCUACAGGUGAUGUCCAACUGUUUGUCAAAUCAGUUCAACAAUUAGAAGAUCUAUACGAAUGUUCGCCGCAUAUUAAUCUAUGCUACGUAUUGGACGGUUCGGGUAGUAUAGCGCCCAAUGAUUUUCAAAUGGCCAAAGAUUUCCUCUAUAAGGUUACCGAUAAAAUUAGUUCAGAAAACGGAAAUUUUUGUUUAGUAUUAUUUUCGGAUGACGCCAACAAAAUCUAUGAUUAUACCGAAAAAACUAAAUCAAAUAAAUUGGAUAAAAUUCGGACACUUAGCCAACCCCGGGGUGGUACUAAUACACGGGACGGUAUACAGACAACAGUCGACAUUAUGAAGUCGCGGCCGACAUUGCCCUAUAAGACAAUGUUUGUAUUAACUGAUGGCCAGUCCAACGAUGGGGUACAGCCGGCUGUAACCAAUGCCCAGUCGGCGGGUAUUAAGAGUCUGGUUUGGGGUGUCGGUCCCGGUGUUAAUCUGAAGGAACUGUUGGAAAUUGCCUACAAUUUACCGGUAAAUGUCCAACAAUUAACUAAAUUUAGUUCAUUACAAUCGGAAUUGUUUGCCUUCAAAAAAACUGUUUGUUCGGAGGCAUUGAAACUAGAAACGGGUCAACAAUUUUCGGAUACAACUGUUAAACAUGAAAAACGUUUAUAUAUUUUUGAUUUACCCAAAACUGGUGGCAACGGUAUUAAUCUAACGAUUCAGACAACUAAAGGCAAAUUAUUAGGUUAUUAUGCCUAUAGUACACCGCAUCCAUCAUCGGCUGUCAAUGAUGGCCAGUUUGCCGAUCAUAUUCACAUACCCGGCCAACCACAACAUAGUCAAGUAUAUGUUGCCAUUGUUGGCCAGGAAUCAGAUAAUGCCUACAAUAUUAUUGCAACUAAUGUUUAAACUAUAAAAUAAUUAUUGAAAAUAAAACUUAUUGACAAAAAAAAACUACUGAAAAUUAUUACUAC